GCAGCAGCAGCAGCAGCAUCAAGGAUCCCAGAGAAGGUGAACAAGGAGACAAGUAUAGACGGUUUGUCGUCAUCUCACCACUGCUCCGUGGUCCGGCCUAAAGAGCGGCGCCCCGACGUCCACCAGCAGAACCCGUUCAUGAGAGGGAACACCAUCAUCCGCUCCAAGACCUUCUCCCCCGGACCUCAGAGCCAGUACAUCUGCAGGAUAAACCGCAGUGACAGCGACAGCUCCACGCUCUCCAAGAAGUCGCCGUUCGUCAGAAACGCCUCAGAGAGACGCAGCAUGCGCAUGAAGAAGCCUCCUGUGCAGGUUAAAGGUCUGGACGGGCUCCUGCGGACGUCUCUGGACCUGGAGUUGGACCUGCAGGUUUCUCGGACGCGACAGGCCCGGCUGGCGCAGGAGCUGCGGGUUCUGCGGGAGCUGAAGACGCAGCUGGAGAAGGCGAGACAGCAGGGCCAGAGAGAGCUGCCCGCCUGGGUCCAAGAAGACGAACGCUUCCGCCUCCUCCUCAAGCAGGCGGAGAAACAGACUCGAGAGGAGCAGCUGCAGGAGAAACGAGUGGAGAAGAUGAUGCGAGCAGCAGCCAAGGAUGUCCACAAGAUCAGGGGCCAGAGCCGCAAUGAGGUUCCUGAGGUCCAGACCUUCAGAGAGAAGAUGGCGUUCUUCACACGAGCAAAGACCAGCAUCCCCGACCUGCCAGCCGACAACGUGUAGAGAAGCAUUUCAAAGUACCCCCCACCCCCACCACCCCCACCACCACCACCCCCCACCCCCCAGUCUUAACCUGCUGUUCCCACAAAUGAAGCAAAUGUUUUUCGCGGUGUUAUGAAGAAUUUAAAAAGUAUACGAUAUGUUUUAGUACAAAAACAAACAAAAAAAAAACGUGAAGAAACAGAUUUUUAAAAAAAGAGCUUGUUUCUACUGUGGAUAGUGUUCAUUUGUAAAUUAGUGACAGCACUGCUUUCGUUUUUAUUUCACUCUGUUCAUGUCUCUUCAUGUCUUUGUGUUUCUGUUACUAACAGGAUGUUUAUAGGCUUUUAAAAUCAUUCCAGCACAAAGUCACUCAGCUGCGUACAAAGAGUUUUGUACUAAAACGGCACAUUGGGACAUAAAGAAUAAACUUUAUGUUUAUCGGUAGCACAAAAUGAAAUCAGACGACGGUACGAGAGGAAAGAAAAGCAGCUUCAGCCGGUGAUGAAACUAAAAGAAAUAUCUGCUCCUCAGAGAUAUUUGAAAGUUAAAACAAUGUGUUUUUGAAAACUUUAUACUCAGACAAACGUACAAGCACACACUUGGUUUUUUCCUUUACAAAAUGUUGUUAUUGUGUUUCCUCACCAGACACUCGUGCAUCUCCUCCGCACAUGUGAACAUGGAUCUGAGAGCAGCUCGGUUUUCUCUGACAGUCGUUGUUUGUAACCAGCGGAGCUGCACAGUUUAUUUCUCUGUUUCCUUAAAGUUAUAAUUCAGAUUGUUUCACGUCAAAACCCAUUUUUACACGAUUUAAGACGACGCUGUCGGUUUUGAUCGCAUCUCGUACUCACACAGUUGUUCUUGUCUUGUAUUUCCACUUCUCUUGGUGUUUACUGACCCCUGGUGGUCGAAACACGUGUCGUUUCUAACCAAAUCAUCGAGGACUGAAAUCUUAAGAAUUAUAACUUGAAUAUUUCCAAAUCAAACACAGUCACUGGGUCGACCUCCUGAAGCGUGUCUGACGUGCACAGUCUUGUAUCGUCUGAUUCUUACAACACGAUAACUCGCAGAAGAAAAAACUGGACUCUUUACCAACACGACAAAAAGAACUGGAUGUGACUCCUCCUGUGUUGUCACGAUCGUCACACACACACACACACACACACACUCAUGGAGAUGUAGAAACAGCACUAACACUCAGGUAGUUGAUCGGAUAGUCUGCACUUUAAGAAACUCGCGGUAAAGUUAAAAAAAAAAAAAAAAAAAAACGUGCUGGAAUGAUUGUUGUUGAAAAACGCAGGAAGUGAAGAUCCGAUGUGUUUUGAUGACUGUGAACUUGAUUCUUUGAUUGUUUGACUGGAAGUGACUAAAACCCCGCCCCCAUCACAAGAACUCGCCAGCAGCCAGUAGGAAGACAGACGUUCUCCUGAGCUUCACUCUGAUUGGCUGAUUAAAUACUGUUUCGUCAGGUUUUCAUAAUCCUGAUGUUUUCUCUCUGUAACUGGAUAUUUUUAGAACUGCACAUUAACAUGGUGCCCAAGCAAACGUCUUAAACUCAAUGUUGUUCAUUUGGAUCAUAACUUUAUUGUUUCGGUUGACUCUCUCGGCUCUCGUAGCGUCAGACGCACGUCUUGAGCUGCAGAGCUCGAUCUUUGCUUCAGGAGUCGGUGGAGAAAAGAAACAUUCAAUCUGACUCUUUCAGAAAUAAUUUAGAUUCCAUUCAAUUAUAUUUUAUAAUUUGAGGUGUGAACCGACACCAUGACGCUUGUGCUGGGUCGCCAUGCUAAACGUGUGUUACUGAUCCGCCCACGUGACACAAACGCUUCGUCGUCAUCUUUCUGUUCCCGGUGAAAACUCGAAUGUUGCUGACAGAAGUCCGGAUGCUGCUGUCGUCGUCAUUCCAGAUGUGUCUUAUUUGAACUGUUCGUAGAAACGCAGCAGCUUUUUUAAAAAAAGAUCAGAGAAUCCUGUUGAGCAUCUGUCGCCUUCAUUAAAAGACCAACGGAGGAGGUUUUGAUCUUUAGAAAUGUCUCCACUUCCUGUUUCCUUCUUUGUACGUCCCUCUUAGAAAACGUUUUAAUUCUCGUUGUUACGAUAAAUAAAUACUGAAAACAGAACCAGUGAUUGUUUCACCACGUUCAGGUAGAAGUAGGAAUAUAUCUUUGCACAAACGAUGUCUAUGAAAGUAACACGUAUCCUUCACGUUCAUGAUGAUCACACAACAGAAGACUCACGUCGCCUUGUGGUGAAAAAUAAUUCACGUUUGGAAACUGAAUCAGACGCUGAGAGGACGAUAACGACCAGGCUGCGUUCGCUCCGCAGGAAAUAAACAUCUGACCAGGAUUCCGACACGAGAUCAGUCUGAACAGUCGAUCAAAAUCAGAUCAAUACCAAAGAUUUAACCGCUCGUGUUCACACUGAAAUCAAAACGCUGCUUUGGCAAAUUAAAGUAAAAUCGAAUAAAGCAAAAAUAAAACCAGUUCAUUUUCUUGACGGGUGGAGUUUCUUCAGGGGGAAGAACUUUGAACCUUGCGGGUUAUUGUCCACGCGUGGAUUCAACGAUGUGUUUAAAAAGAAUGUGGGUGUGUUAGCACGUAGCGAAGCAGCUUAAGUUCAUGCGUUAUCGGACAAAACGUGCCGAACUAGGGGAAGUGUAAAAGAUGCGUACAUUUAGAUCCGACUGUUCAGACUGACGUCAUGUCAGAAUCAAAGUCACGUGAGUGCCCCCUGCUGGUGAACGCAGCCUCGUGCGGGUUAUUACUGGAACACUGUGAAAUGAAUGAAAGUCUACGGAGUCGUGAUGGUGCCUUCAGAGAGUACGGAAGACGAUCAGGGCCUUGUUAAACUUUUAAGUCUUUAAUUCUUUCUGAAUUUAUUUUUACGUAGCUCUAAUCAUCUUCUGUAGAGAGCAACAUAUAAACUGUUAUUUUUAAUUUCCUGUUUUCUUCUUUUAUUUCUUUUUGUGCCCAAACAACCAUCUGACCGCAGAGAAGUCGAACCUGUGGAGAAACGUUUGUGUUCAUUUUCAAGAUGUAAACAGUUUAUUUUUUAUUUUCCUCCGCGUGUAGACGGAGUAGAUUUGAAUAAUAGGACUGUGUGUAGUCGUCUGUGUCGUUAAAAUCCACUUUGUCAUGAUCGAAUGUUGUUUAACCUUUAAAUCAAAAAAACACUUGUUAUCAGUAACGUCUGGAUGAAGGAAUGUAGGUUUUUAUUUUGACAAAUCAUGAGCAUUCAGAAAAUAAAAGAAAUGCUGUUCGUCACGAUUGUUUUUCAUCCUGUAGGUUGUGAUUUAAUUUCUUCUUGAAGUUUAAGUGCAUUUUUUUUUUCCUUGUUUGAUGAAUUUUUUAUUCUAAUGAAUCUGUUUGUGUUGCGACUGGUGAUGAAGCUGGUAACGAGCACGGAGGCGACUACGAGAAACAUACAGCAUGUAUUUAUUGCACUUUUGUGAUUUGGGUGUGCUUUUCCUGUUUUUUUUGUUUUUUUCUUUUUAUCGCGAGAGUCCCGAAAAGCUGUGAAUUUUAUUCUCGGACACUGUUCUGUCGACCAGAGUUGUAAAUAUUUCACCAGCACAAAAAAAAACAAACAACGACAUGUUUUGUAGUUU